AUGUUACUUCUAAGAUUGGUCCCAGCGGAGAGGGUCGUCCCGCGAGGGGUCACUGCCCUGCGGCGCUGCUGCUAUUCUACGACUUCCGGGAAGAAAAUAAAACCAGAGAAACCGAACAUCGUCGUGCUGAACCCGAAGCAGGCUGGGAUUGCUGCAAGGAAUAGAGACCCGCGGAAACUUCCCCAUAGCAGUCAUCAUCUUUCAAUACUACAAGGCGUUGACUUGGGCGCCGACAAUUCGAAGACCAGCGUUCAUCGCAGACAACCGUCUAGGGACGGCGACGCAGCUACCGAGGAAAAUGCGGACUACUUGUCGCUGCUAAACUUCCAGUCGAAGAUCACCCCUGAGCAAAUAGUGUCGUCGAUAGACUCUUUGAAACCACCACAGACCUCUGUGUCAAAUGCCACGGUCCAAUCCCUGACACAGAACUUGUACGACUCAUAUACAGCCAAACAACUGCAAUAUUUCUUGAAGUCCAAGGAUCCGAACAUGCAACGCUCGCGACUGAACAAGGGCAUCAUGAUCAACAAGAUACUUCUCCAGAUAUGGGGUCUCAAGAUAAUGGACUCAUUAACCACAACGAAAUUUAGACAGAUAAAGAUGUCGCGCAGGUCUGCAAAAUUAUUGAUCCUAACCCAAAAUGGGAAGAUCCUACAAAAUCUGAUCCGUUUGAAUAAAAACCUCCUGAUACAGCUUAACUUCUCCACCAACGACCUGAAUAUAUGGUGUGAUGACGAGUCAUUGAUCAGGUUUAUCGAGAUUUCCAUUUCGCAGAUUUUAAGAAACGUCGUGAUCACCUCCUGGGAUUUGGGCACUUUGACACCAGAUUUGAUGGCUCUGAUAACUAAAACAUGCGCCGUAGAUAUCGAUCUAGCAACAAACGAGUGUGCCGCUUUUGGAUGGAAAAGAAUUAAUUUGGCCAAAAGACUGUUUAAGUGGGUACAAGCCGCCUCGCUGGAAAAGAAGGUGAUGUUCGAAAACGAGCGAAUACAGAAGUGGACCAGCGAAAACAGGGAAGUCCACACAGAAUCCUUCUUCUUCAAUGAUAUCGGGAGUUUAAAUUGGUUUCGAAGAAACUAUAACGACUGGACGCGGCUGCAAGAAGUUGCACCCUUUACCGAGACAGAGAAGACACCUUCAGCAGAGUCUUUUGUAGAUGAUGAAAAGAUCAAUGAGCUCCACGACUUCUUGUACUCCAAGAGAACUCCGCCAACUGCGGCGCCCUUCGAGCUUGUGAAUGAUGCUUCUCAAUCACCAACUCAUCACUCUUUAAUUAGUGUAUCUCUUGGUCAACUAUUGACGCGGUCAAAAACCGCAGAAACCUUUUUUUUGCCGAGGGUACCUCACCUGGUAUCAAAACUGAUGAAGCUGCCACUCUACGACGACUUUAAGACCAAAGAUGCUAUGUUCACGGUCGAGCAACAUGACUACUAUCUGCAAUUGCAGUUUGCCCCUGCCAUUGAAAAUCCAGAUCUGCCCCCUCUUGAAAUAUGGUUGGAACUAGAUGAUAAUGAUGACAUCAUCUUGGAGUCCGCACAAUGUCUAGUUCAAGAACAAAAAUCGAAUUACCUGAUACAAACACCAGAACUGUGCCACGAUUAUAAGGUAAGCAUGGAAACCGUCUCUAAUGUAUCAUUGGAAACACAAAAUAUGGUUAAGACGUAUCUGAAGAACCUGAAAUUUACCUCUCUAAACCACUUCAAGUGCUCACAUCAACUCUCCGUGGCUGCACCGGAUGGAAAGAAUGCAAUUUACGACUAUUUAGCCGUAAACUAUCACAGAAUUAUAAAACUAAGGUAUAUGGACAAAUACGUUGUUCAGUUCUCUGAUAUCAAUGGUGGCUCCCUAGGGGGUAGAUACUCUCAAGUCCAUUUUGUUUGUGAUGAGAACCCAACGAGGGACCAAUUUUCAACAUUCAUAAAAGAUGUCUUCAAAUUCAACUAA